UUGAUCGUGAACGAUGGAGACGAAUGUUUUGAUGGAGUCUUGGGACUAAGUGGACAUAUUUGCUGGCGUAACAACAAACUACAGUCUUUGUGUUGUGAUGUGUAACUAUACCUGCUACAUUAGCCGAUGUGCAACAACAGCUAAAGACAAAUACAAUCUCACAAAGCAGGAAGCUAACGAUUAGCUCAGAUCGUUGACGCGGCGGCCUAGCUAACGUUGUAGCUAACUCUGUGAAGUUGGGACAGUCCUUUUAAAUGUUGAUCCUCCUCUGAGAGGCCCUGCUUUAAUCUGCUGUUACCCACAAUACAGCCGCUCCUCCUGGGAUUCAUUCUCUGCCACCGAGGCUCUAUGAAAGAGAAACGUAGCUUGAAUCCACCACGUAGAACCAGUGGGAGCCCGAGGGCUUCUUGAUCCACAUCGAGGGGGAAGUGGUCCUCCGUGUCCACCAGCUCCUGCGGGAUUAAUCCUCUGUUAUAACGUCAGUAAACAUGUCUUUAGUCGCGUACGGCAGCAGUGAUGACAGUGACUCGGAGGGGACCUCCACUUCUGCAGCCUCGCAGAGCAGAAGCAGCUCAGGAGGGCGAUCUCUCCUGUCUGCUUCCAAAAGGUCUGCAGGUAGAAACGAUGGACCGAUCCGGGAGACCAAGACCAAGCCUUCAGCCCAGGACAGCACGUCAGACGACAGCCUAUAUCUUCAGCUAUCCAGUCUCCCCAAACCCAGGAAGCGAACAGAGGCUGUCAAGAUCACCGUGCCACAGAUCCUGAAAAAAGAUUCUGAUUCUGAUGAUGACGAACCAACAAAGAAGAAAGUACGACCUCAGCAGAGUGCCGGCAGAGGCCUGUCUUCCCUUCUACCACAGCCCAAAAACGUGAGAGCGAAGGAGAUCGCCAGAUCCUUGAUUCCCUACACGCUCACGAAAAGACAAGAACCCAAAGGACCCAAGCCUGGAAUGCCCGCUCGGGGUCUGCUCGGUCCUAGUGCGUCUCCUUCUGCCAUCAAAGCAGCAGCAAAGUCGGCUGCACUGCAGGUGGCUAGACAAAUAGCCACCGACGACCAAGAUGAGGAGGACAUAACCCCACAGAACUACUUCUCCCUAAACGAAAGCUCCCCGCCUCUUCCCGCAGUCAUCCCAAGCCUAGACCCUGAGCCAGUAGCCCCCGCAGAGCCUCUUCAAAUCUCCCCUGCUGAUGAGCCUGGUCAGUCUGACGCCCCUCUUGACUUUGGGGGCAGCCAAGAGGGAGCCGGUGCAUGGGGGGGUCCAAAUCAGCCGCCUCUGACAGGUCCGGGGGCUGUCCCUCAGGAAUACUAUGAUGAGUCAUAUUCCCAAGAACCGAACCCUGCAUUGUCAGAGGAGGGUGAAGAGCCUGGACAAUCUGCCAUGUUUGAUGAUGAAGCGUUCAUGCGGCUGCAAGGGAAAAGAAACAGAGGCAAAGAGGAGGUGAAGUUUCUGGAGAUCAAGGGAGACGACCAGUUAAGCGGCAACCAGCAGUGGAUGACGAAGAGCAUGACAGAGGAGAAGCAGAACCGUCAGUCCUUCAGCAAGAAAAAGGGAGAAGGACCUACAGGACAACAGCGGCGCAAACACCAGAUAACAUAUCUCAUUCACCAGGCGAAGGAGCGUGAGCUGGAGCUGAAGAACAGCUGGGCAGAUAACAAGCUAACCCGCCGGCAGACCCAGGCCAAAUAUGGUUUCUAAAUGCCACACUGUGGACUCAUGCUGGCAUGUGGAAACGCUGGAUCCGAAAGUAGAAGUAGUUCCAGAUUCCUCAAACAAAGAAAAGGAUGUGUUGGGGACGUAAAAAUACCGUACUACAGAUUUUCCCUCUUGCCCUCAAUCCACUUUUUGGUCGACUGAUAAGUUGCUAUUCCCACAGUGAAACUCCAGUUACAGACUCUCCUUCUGACAUGAGUUUAUCUUAAAUAAACCGCAACUUCACUUAUUUUCUAAACCGGCACUAUACCUACAAACUGUACAACAGUGCAACAGUGUUUUUAAGGUUAUCUUUGGUCAGUGGCAGGUAAAUAAGAGAAGAUGUGAUGUGAUUUGGCCGUUACAAAUGUUUUAUUUUGAAUGUUUAUGCUUCCUUUUCAUUUGAUUGUGAACAUUAAUGUAUGAUUCCCUCUUUUUGUGAUGUCCCAAUAGGUUUGGUUUUCUGGCAUUAGAAACACAGAUACAUAUUUAUACACUGAAUCAACAACUUUGUAAAGAAAAAUAAAGAAGUUGUAAAACAAACACGUUGGUUGAUUUGCGUGAAAAAGGUUUUCAUAUCCGUUUUUCUUCUUAUCUUUAUCUGUGAAUAACUAAAUUGCCAGAAAACCAAACAUGCAUUUCUGUCUAAGCGCUGAUGCAGCUCAAGAAGCACCAACGUUCUUUUUAACAUAUUUUAGGACAUUUAUCUCAGUUUUAUGUGGCUGAAUCCAGCAUGCAUCUUUCAGGUUCAGUACUUUGCUCAAAACACCCUGUAAUUGAUCUACAAUCCUGAACUGGUGAGUACUGUAACAGUACUUGGACCCCCAAGAUCCUGAUAUUUUAUUAAACCUGAUUGAGAGGAGGCUUCUACUAGAUUUCUUUCUGCUGCUCCAGUUUUAGACAAAUCUGGUUUUAAAGUGAAUUAGAAAUAACUGCAUGUGGGAUGUCCACAGCCAGUACACCAGAAUGUUUUUAAUACGCUGAGGGAAAAUGCUUUAUUAGUUGGAAACUGCUGGAAAAGACCAUAUUUGUUUACCUUAGACUUUUUGUUAUGUGUGUUGUUCCAUUAAAAUUUGAUCAAUAAACUUUUCCUUUCCUUGCUCCGUA